AAAAGGGCCACACUGCGCAUCGAGAUGAAAACAAUUUCUGUCGUUCUCUUUACGUGGAUAAUUGCAUUCCAUGAUGUAUCCAGCGACUGUGGCUGCCAAAAACUCAACCGGGAGCCCCCGGAUAUUCCGACGAUUUCCGAACAAGUGUGCCAGCAGCGGGCACAGGGUGCACACAGCCACUACAGGGAUUAUUAUGGCGAACUGGAGCCAAAGAUUGCUGACAUGUCCCUCGUUCCGGGAGGCACGGUUUACGUGGGCACCGACCAACCGCACUUUCCGGCGGACCGGGAGGCUCCGGAACGGCAGGUCAAGCUGAAUGACUUCUACAUCGACAAGUAUGAGGUCUCCAACGACGCAUUUGCGAAGUUUGUCCUGCAGACGAACUACACCACGGAGGCCGAGCGAUUUGGCGACAGUUUUCUGUUCAAGAGCCUGUUGAGCCCAUCGGAACAGAAGGACCUAGAAGACUUCCGAGUGGCGAGCGCCGUCUGGUGGUACAAGGUGGCCGGCGUGAACUGGCGACAUCCCAAUGGCGUGGACAGCAAUUUGGACAACCUAGGCCGACACCCGGUAGUACACGUCUCGUGGCGCGACGCAGUGGAGUACUGUAAGUGGGCCGGCAAGCGUUUGCCCAGCGAGGCGGAGUGGGAGGCGGCUUGCAGGGGCGGCAAGGAGCGCAAACUGUUUCCCUGGGGCAACAAGCUGAUGCCAAGGAACGAGCAUUGGCUGAACAUUUGGCAGGGAGACUUUCCCGAUGGCAACCUGGCUGAAGAUGGCUUUGAGUACACCAGCCCGGUGGAUGCAUUCCGACAGAACGUGUACGACCUGCACAAUAUGGUGGGCAAUGUCUGGGAGUGGACGGCAGAUCUGUGGGACGUAAAUGAUGUUAGCGAUAACCCGAAUCGGGUAAAGAAGGGCGGUUCUUAUCUGUGUCACAAGUCCUACUGCUACAGGUACAGGUGCGCUGCCCGCUCGCAGAACACAGAAGACAGCUCGGCCGGCAACCUGGGUUUCCGGUGCGCCAAAAAUGCGUGAGUUGUCAUUGUGGGCAAUUCUGCACAACUCUGUUUUUUAUAAUAUAUAUUUUAUGAAUACAACUUAGCCGAUGUUUACAUUCCUAUUUUUGAUAAAACCUUUGGCAAUAUUUGGUAUAUUUCUUAAUGCCGCACUUGAUGCAUUCCAUCGGCGGCAGCCUAUUUAGGCAAAAGCAGUGGAACGGAUAUGCGGCACCGCUAAUGCAAUAGGAAAUACGGUUAGAAAAGGCACCUAACCUGCAGCACAUAAAGUCUGUUGUA